UUCCCCCAUUUUUGUAUGUGUGUGUUUUUUUUCCAAUCAGGCGCUGCGUUAGGCAGCCCCAUCCGGCGUUGGCGCGGGGUCCUGGCCGGCUCGCGCUUCGCGCCCCGCAUCCCGGAAGUGAAGGCGCCGCUCACUUCUGGCCGCGGCCGCCGCUCGGAGGAGACUCGGGCGCCCCUCCCCCCGCAGGAGUCUCAGCAGACCCCUCCCGGCGCUGUCAUGGCGGAGAACGACGUGGAUAACGAGCUGCUGGAUUACGAGGAUGACGAGGUGGAGAACCAGGCGGCCGGCGACGGGGUGGACGUGCCCCCCAAGAAGGACGUCAAGGGCUCCUACGUCUCCAUCCACAGCUCCGGCUUCCGGGACUUUCUGCUGAAACCCGAACUCCUCCGCGCCAUCGUCGACUGCGGCUUCGAGCACCCCUCGGAAGGUCAGCCGGACGCCUGGGUCCCACCCCUGGUGCGGGGGGAGGGGGGACUGGGAGCCAGGACUCCCGGGUUUUCUU